GGAUUUUAAAGCCCUAAAAUAGAGGAAUAUAUCCGUAUAUCGAUUCGUGAGGUGGACCGCAGUGAUGCAGUGCGACUGGCCUCUGUUGGGUCCGCUGCAGUGGAUGCGUUACGUCAACAAACAGGUGAAGGUGAAGGCGGGAAAAGAUGAGGAGCGCCGCGGCUGGCUGCUCACCGUGGACCCGGUGUCCGCCAGUCUGGUCCUGGUGGACUUCAAGGAGGAUGGGGGUGCUUCUGUGCAGGUGGUGAUGGGCCAUGCUGUGGAGGAGGUGGAGGUGCUGCAGGAGGCCGAUGAGGAGACCACACAGCGCCUCCAGAGCUCCUUCCUCCCCGCGAAGACCCGCAGGCUGGAUCCGGAGGAGCAGAGGAAGAGAAGAGCUGGCGUCCGGAGCUGGCUGGAGAAGAACCGGAUCCCGGUGGAGGAGGAGGGGGAUGAGCUGAGGGUGGCCGGGGUCCUGACCAUCACGCCCCCGUACGGACCUGAAGAUUGCUGCAGCUCCAACCAGAUCAUCCUAGACCGCAUCCAGAAACUGAUCCAGAGUGUGUUUCAGAUACAGCCAGAUCACACAGAAACUGAUCCAGACUGUCCCUCAACUAUGGAAGUAUAAAGAAACCCCUGAACAACAGACAGACACAAACCAGAACUGGAAACUUAAUUUAAAACUGUCAGAAAGGUUACAUAUUGUAUAUGUACAAUCUAUGAUUAACACUACCAAUCAGAUUCCUGCUCUCUGUCUCUCUACCAAUCAGAGGGAGCAGCAGAUGUGACUGACAGUUGGUCUGAAUCCAGUUUGAGUUCAGAUUACAUUUUUGUUCACAUUAAAUUAUUUUAUUAGUUGGGAUUACGUUUUUUUUGUUUAGGUUAAGUUAUUUUCUCUUGUUUUCAGUUUAAGUUUUGUGUUCUCAUUUUGGUUUGUGUUACAAAAUAAAAGUAUUUCCUUUGUAUGAUACAGGAGACCGUUUGAAAUGUUUUAUACCAAAUUAAUAUUCAUGUUUACUAUACUUUGAUCAUUUUUCUUCUUUCAUUAGAUCUAUUCAAUCUGAUAUCAGAUGUCAGAUAUCCAGUCCUUGAUAAAACAGAUAAAAACAUCUGCUCAGUUUCCAAGAGUCACACAGGUUUUCAGGUAAUUUAAAAUUAAAAUAUUGAUAUAAAAUUGGAAACAAUGAAUCCAUAUCCAAGUUGACUAAUUGAUAGAUUAACUAAUUGCUUGAGCUCUAUUUGACAGUUUGUAAUACUGUUUACAUGUCUCCUUAAGUCUGGAAGAGGUGUGAAAAUGUGUUUAUAAUAACUGAACAUAUACAAUUUCUUUUUUGACAAUAGCAGUAGGCCAAUGGAGCUUUGGCAAUGCAGUUACAAGUUGUGUCCAUUGAUUCUUGAUUUUAAACUUGUUUAUUCAAACUCAUACCUUUUUAGAAUUAUUGGUAUGGAGGAGUAUUAGGGCCAGAACAACUAGAGUAGAACGUUUUUUAAUUUUAAAAAUAAAGUUUAAAUGUCUGUA